GAAUUUACAGCUUCUGUCUCGCAUCCAUGAAGCCACGGCAACGAUCCGUGUGUAACAAUUGCAGAAGGCGGAAAUUAGGUUGUGAUGGAAAGCGUCCUGAAUGCACUCAAUGUGUUUUUGUGGGGCAGAAGUGUGACGGAUAUCCAAGUCCAUGGACAUUUGUCUCACAGCGCCCAUGGCCAGGUGACCUCAGCACGGGCAAGAAAAGGGUUCGAAUGGAAAACAGUGUCGAGCAGUCCUCAGACCUGAGACCAUGCCAAGGCGCCGUUCUACACAAUUCACAUGCCAGCUUAAAUGAUAUAGUGGUCGGGGCUGCGAAGCCGCCACGGAACACUCUCAGCUCAGACCUCCCACAAGCCAAUUGGCCUAUCCAUGACCAAUAUAUAGAUACCAUCGUGAAAGCAUUUACCCCUAACGAUCAUGGAUCAUUCAUAAGUCCUAAGUCUAGUGGGCGCGAACCGCAGAUAUGUGGGUCGUGGGUGGAAGUCCUCCCGCAUCUCAGUGUUGGAUGUGAUCCGCACGGCGCUCUACCUAAAGCGAUCAAGGCUCUCUUCGCUUCAAUAGUGCAGCCUGGUCCUCAUCAAGCGAGUGAGAGGCUGGACCCGAUACAAGCAUAUCAUUCCGCGAUCAAAUCAUUACGAAGAGCAUUGCCUAUACCUGGGUACCAAAAUCGAGCGGAGUCUGCAGCCACCAUGAUGUGCCUAUGCUUGGCCGAGCUUAUGCUUCCGGGAUCCUCAACAGGUCCAGAAAUGCAUGCUAGGGGAAUCACUGCGCUUUUUGAAACACAUGGCCCCUCUGCAGUCCGGCAGGGGUUUCUGCACAAGUUAUAUGCAGGUUUCCUGCCACUCGUGGUACUUGAAGCAUUCAGGGACCGUAAGCCGACAUUCGUUGCGUCUGAAGAGUGGCAGAACGUCCCGUUCAGUGUUACCCCCCCCUCGGCUAUGCAACGACUGCUGGGUGAAGCGGCAAUAAUUCCUUCUAUACUUUAUAAAAUUGACUCUACAUGUCACACAUGGGAGAAUCCUAAUCUCGCUGCUAUAAACGGAAACUUUGCCUCAUUGAUGGCAGCCCUCUCUCGGCUCGACGGUUUCGAAUAUCCAGUCAACAGCCACAAGGAGAGGGCCUGCCGUUCAUUUGGUCAAGGGACAUCUGACAAUACUUACUGCUUCCCCGACAUUAUUACCGCAAACAUGCUUACGCACCUAUGGUCUUUCAAGCUUGUUUGUCUUCUUGAGAUAGACAAACUGGUGAAUUUGGGUCUCGGCCUACCUUUUCCCAGGCUGACCUUACCGGGAAACGUACAAUUCUGCCACCUUGACCGACAUAUGAUAAGACUGUCGCAUUGGAUAUGUAACAGCAUGGAGUAUUUGCUGCAGGAUGGUCUAGGUCUUUAUGGCCCGGCAUCUACGCUUUUUCCUCUUCAGAUGGCAUAUAAAACCCUAACCCGGUAUCCUUCGCAACUCGCACGUGUUGGUUACUGUCGACAAGUGGUCCAGCGGUUGGUUGAGAAGGGGAUCCGAGUAGCGCCAUAUUUUAUCUAUUAGUAAUGGGCGAGAUGGCUAGGGUCCGGUGCGAACCACGUUCGAAUAAACAGAGAAAAAGAGCUUCAUAUGCGGAAUCUAUUGCAGAUAAGAUUAGGUGGGUUGAAGUACGGACGAAUAGUGCGAAAAGCGGUGAUAGCAGUUAUGGUUAUCAGUAAGAGUUAUGUUGAGCAAAGAUGUGAACGCGUCCAAUCCAAGUGCAAUAGGUUGUAUUCAUAUAUACUAAUGACCUAGGAGCUGGUAGAUAGGUAAGUAGUUUUGAUCGGCUGGGGUCUCUCGUGAUCUUAUCGAGCUGUAUAUGGUGACAUGAACCAUGCUGUUUACUCCAUUGCUCCACUGGCAUGUUGUUCACCGAUCGUUUCAGCGCCAUAAGCUGGCCAUCACCUCACAUAACCUGGUUGCCUGGCCGUUUGACAGUAGCAAGGUCUCUCUUCCUACAGGGCCCCGUUAAUUGUCGUUUGCUUGUCAAUGUGCUUGGCUCAACAGUCCAAGCAGAAGAGUGUCAUUGGUGUCCUAGCCGAGCGGUUCAGGCUGUUAGAACUAUUUCCAAAACUGGCGCGCUGGGCAUCUAUCACCCGUCGAUUUCGUCGACAAGGAUACCUGGGGCAAAG